AUGCCAGCUUUUACAGAAUUCGAAAUCGGUCAUCGCGACCAGGUCAACGUGAUUAAAUUCAACUGGUACGGCAAUCGCAUUCUCACGGCCUCGUCAGAUCAUCGGGUCAAGGUCUGGGACCAGAAUGAAACCGGCUGGGAACUUACAGACACAUGGCGCGCCCAUGAUGCUGAAAUAUAUGAUGCAGCGUGGAAUGGCCCAUUUACCGGUCAACAUAUCGGAACUGUGGGCAACGACAUGAAAUUCAAGCUUUGGCAGGAAGAUCUCACCCAGGCUCCAAACUCCGGGCGUCGCUUUCGAAAUAUCUUCCGCCUCACUUCUCCCGUGCGCACUCCCUACGUUUCCAUGGACUUCCGCAACCUUGACCUCGACUCCUGGCUUGCAGUGAUUACCCGAGAUGGUCUCCUCACAAUCUUAGAACCAGUUGGAGAGGAUAAUUUGGCGGAAUGGCAGCAAAUUGAUCAAUUCCGUGUCUGCACCGAGCCUCAGCGCGGUGAGGAAACUAGCUUCAAGGUCCAAUUUCACCAUGACCCGAGUGAUAUGACACAUCUUGUGCUGCCAUCAUGGGAUAGCAAGAGCCUGUCUCUGGUAGUCGCAGCUAUGAAUACGGUGAAAAUCUACAGGAUGGGAGCCGAUCGGCAGUUUUAUCAUGCUAUUGAGCUUGUUGGGCAUCAUUGCCUGGUGCGUGAUGUUUCAUGGGCGCACGGUUCUGUGCGGGGAUACGACCUCAUUGCAAGCGGUUCAAGAGACGGCACCAUUAAGAUUUUUGAGCUUUACACAUCUGUGGCGAACAAUAAUGUUACGAAUGGGCAUACUGAGUCCGAAAAGCCAGCCAAUACGCAGCGCCCAUCGUCAACCCGUGCGACAGUUAGCCAGUCAGGUAUCGGAUCCGCCCUCGCUCAUCGAUCGCCCGGCCCUGCCGCAGACAAACAACGUGGAGGUAAAAGCGCAUUUAGGCAUACCUUCAAGGAAGUAGCUUCUUUCGACAGCAAACACCUGUGUUUGUGGCUCCUUGAAUUCUCUCACGCAGGUGACUGUCUAAUGUCCUCCGGAGACGAUGGGACAGCUCGGUUCUGGAAACGUUCCGUAUCUGGAAAGUGGCUUGAGUUUGCAGAAACCGACAUCACUGAAGAGUAUGGACACAUCUCGGCCAUCUUCCACCGUGUUUAA